ACAGUACGUGGCUAAGUUGGAAAAGUCUGAAAUGUUGAAGCUUCGCGUUUUCAAAGAUGCCUACUCAUGCAGGUUCCCAUCUCCACCCCGGCCGCAACUUCGUCCUAUAAAUAGAAUCUCGAUUCUCCUCGAAAACCAGAAGCAGGAUCAGCAAACCAAAUCACAGGUUUCACCUCCACACACAUACAUCCAGGUCUUGGAUUUUGCGAAGAUGGGUGAUGCCAAGUCAUCGUGGCCGGAGCUGCUAGGGGCGCCGUCUGACGCAGCGAAGGAGAAGAUCCUUAGUGACCGCCCAGACGUGAGCGUGAUCGUGCUGCCCGUUGGCUCCAUCGUGACCACCGAAUUCAACCCCAAGCGUGUCCGCGUCUUCGUCGACUCCUACAGUGUUGUCGCCGAGGUCCCCAAAAUCGGCUAGGCUCCCAAGCUUGAUCGAUCAUGCCGUGCGACUGUGCUCGACAUGAUUCACGCUUGCCCUGUGUUCGCAAACGAUAUUAUACGUGCACGUAUGUAUAUAUUAACUAGCUGAAUACCCGUGCGUUGCUACGGGUAAUUUAAACUUUUUUUUUCCUA